AUUCACAAAGGCAAAGAAGUCAUUUGUAUGCUGUUUUCCAAUAAAGUUAAUUCUCUAAUCGAAGAAGUUUCGAGAUUGGAAAUUGACGACGAUAUGGGCCUUGGAGGUAGUGAAACAAUGGAAUGCAAGUGUGGUAUGCCUCUGUGCAUCUGUGUAGCUCCUUCCAAAUCAACGGAUAAACCAAACCCACCGGCUACCGUUGCUCCUGUGGUUCUCCCUCAGUUAAAGUCAGAGACUUCAGCAAAAAGUAAAGGUUCCACUUCCAGCAGCAAUGCUAGAUCAGCUCUUAAUCCUGGACUAGACACCCCCCAAAGAGACUAUGAAGCCAGUGGGGAGGGAUUAAGGGAAGCUAUUAAGAAUGGUGACAUUGCUGGUGUGAAAAAGCUUCUAAAAGAGGGCGUAGAUGCAAAUUACCGAGACAAGCAGGGAAUGUCAGUGCUUCAUCUGGCUGUCCUUUUCAACCAAACUGAUAUUGCAUUGAUGUUGAUGGAUCAUGGAGCAAGCCUCGAGUACAAGAAUGCACAAGGAGAAACACCGCUAGAUUGUGCUCCCGCAACACUGCAAUACAAGAUGCGGGAAAAGAUGAAGUCCACUUAACAGCAGGCAUCAUACAGAGGUACAAAUCAUUUUUUCAGAUAAGGAAAAGAUUUGUAAUGAGUUUGCUUGUAACUUUAGUUGCAUUCUGUGUGCAAUUUUUCAUGUUAUGUGAUCUUUGAACCGCUAUGACAUAAAAACUCACCUUUUGUGGCAAGCUAAAAAUAUACAGUUGUUCAAUUU